AUGCAGUCGAUCGGUAUCACAUCCUUUGUGUCUAUUGCUCUUCUCGCGAUUGUUCUUCCUGCUGGCUUUCGCAUCAUCAUCUCACCUAUCGUUCUUUUGCUGGUUUCGCCUCUUCUUAUUCUGUUACUAGGACUUGUAUUUUUGUUAUUGAACAUUGCAUUGGGCCACUUCUUAGACACAAAAAGGACGAAACACGACGAUCCCCUUCCUCCUCCUGCUCGACCGCUGGCCUUCUCCACUCCCGCUGCUUGGCAAGCUGUUCUUACUCGUUCGCAAUGGUCGUAUAAGCCGCCGCAGACAUUGCCGCCAAUCCAUCCUGAAUCUCCAGCCAUCUCAGCUGCUGUCAAUGAUAUCCUUAUCAUGAUUGUCCGAGACUUCGUUUUAACCUGGUACAAGGAAAUAUCUUCGUCCCCAUCUUUUCCUACUGCCGUCUCGUCUACUCUCCACGCUUCCCUGCUCUGCUUGCUCGUGAGGCUUUCUACCCUAGACAUAUCUAGCAUCAUGGUCAAACGUAUCCUUCCCAAGAUCACUGCACAUAUAGAGCAGUUUCGCGAUUCCGAAAUGGCUCUUCGUGGUGCAGGAUUAGAACGAAGACUGACACAAUCUGAAGAGUUAGAUUUAUUGCUGGCCAGCCGUUAUGCCAACAAAAGCGGCGAGAGGCUUCAUCCUGCUGUGGGCAAUCUCUCCUCAAGCUUCACAAAGCAAACGGAGGAGACCCAUCUUCGACAAUUAAUCGACAAGGCCUUACCCUUCGUCCUACCCGAACGUGAGGCCAGGAGCAAGGCUCUGAAGAUCGUAGUUCGAGAAGUCGUAGCUUGCUCGGUCAUGUACCCUUUGAUGGAUAUGUUUGGGGAUCCCGACUUCUGGAAUAGGACCAUUGACUCUGUGGCGGGGGCAGCCAUUCGCCAACAGCGACUCAUAUCCAAGGUGCGAAACAUUUUGGAAACUCAGCUGCCUCGCCCCGCGCCUCGACUAGUGACGCCGACGGUCUCAUCCGCAGAAGCAAUUACCAUCCGAACGGAUGCACGCCAAUUUGAAUCGUUUCUUCGAAGUAUUAGCAGGACAUCCUCUCUUUUGGAUGCAAGGCGGCUAAAGAGUGAUAUCAUGGGAGAAAUUCGACGAACAAGGGGACUUCUAGCAAAUCACGAGAAGGAUGACUGGAUCAACGGUCAGAAGACUGAGGAUAUCGUCGCUUUUUUGGAUAGACUCUACACUGCUAAACGCAAAGCGGAAGCAAGAAUUGCAAUUCUAGGAGGGCAUGAUGAUUCACAUCAGUUCUCCGCAGAGUCUUCAGCUAUAUCACGCUUGAAUCUACGCGAUAUCUUGGGCAACCCAAGCUCCCUCUCAUAUUUCAUGGAAUUCAUGGACCGCCGAAAUCGCUCACUUCUCGUCCAAUUCUGGCUCACAGUGGAAAGUUUCAAAAAUCCGCUUGAGUCAGUCGGAUCUGGAACAUCGGACGACGACGACGAUCCAAUUCAAGACCCUUCUCACACAGCGUCAGCGAAGGAGGAUAUAUCCAUGAUCUACGAGCUCUACUUCUCGGGUCUCACCCCUCACCCCGCUCUGGCGGCUAUAUCCCCUAAACAUUCUUCCGCUAUCCGUGCGUUUGUCUUGCACGAGACGACACCUUCUCCUCCAAUGGAACGGAAGGCUCGUCGAAGCGUCAUGCUCGCACAAAAGCAAGUCGAGCAGAAUAUGGAACAGGACUUUGAGGACUUUGAAAGGUCUGAGUUAUGGUUUCGUGUUGUUGAGGACAUCAAUGCUAGUUGGAAAGCAGCUUCUUCCUCUCAUAUGCCACCGGGCGCUCGCCGCCACCGAGAGGCAUCGUCCGGCAGCAGGGAAAAUAUACUUGAACCUGGUCAUCACGGCCUCCCCUCGCCCAACGCGCCACCUCCAAUGCAACGUUCAGAAUCAUUACCAUCUCUCUAUUCACUUCUCGGCGGCUCCCAUUCUUCCUCUCGUUCAGACCAAAGACCCCCUCACUCCCCUCCUUUUGAGGCGCCACCCCCUACACCACCUGGUCGCCUCCCGACCAAUAGCCUUGAUGUUCUCAUGUCUCCCAUUGGAGAUUCUUCUUCUCCUUCUUCUCGCGCCCCGCUUUUUGAUGAUCCCGAUGACCGGACGAAAGAUACCCGCGAAAGCCAAUCUACAGUUGAAGCCAUUCAAGCCGCAUUGACAGAUAUCAUCGCUCUCGAUAAUCAGCAAGACAGACGACGCCUAUUCAUGCCUCCUAAAGGUGGAUUGUUCGACUCUUCAUCCGACCCCUACGAGUUGCAGAUGUCUUUAGAGGUCAAUCACAACGAUCCUCUGACUGGUACCGAGCUUGACGAUGAGAAAGAAGACGAGUCUACUGAAGCCAGACUAGACUCUCUCCAGCUCGCGGAGCCAGGGGACCUCCGAUUAUCGCACGAGAUAAAUCGCCUCUCGGCCAAGAUAUCGGCUCUACAAUCACAGGAUGUCAUGCUCGAUACGUUGAUCAAGAAGGCAGAGUUGACCGGUGACAUGCAGGAGAUUCGACUUCUCCGCAAGUCGCAAUCUGCGAUGAAUAGAGAGAUACGGGAAUUAACCUUCCAGCGCACACAAUACGAGCAGCAGGAGAUUGCUAACCGCCUCAUUCCAGACCGGACGAAGUUAUUCAUUACCAAUUCGAUAGUAGCCGAGGAGGGUGGCAAAUCAGUCGUUCGGUAUCUUGUCGACAUCAAACAGCUCGCCCUCGACGGUAGUGUUGCCUCAAGCUGGGCUGUGGCGAGGCGAUACAACGAAUUUCUGAACAUGCAUAAUAAGCUGAGAGAGCGAUAUGCAUUCAUCAGGAACUUGGAUUUUCCCGGGAAACGACUGGUCACUGCGCUUUCUGGCAGUUUUCUUGACACUCGUCGAACGGCCUUGGAGAAAUAUCUUCAGAACAUGAUCCUUAUCCCCGCAGCUUGUGAAUCAGAAGAGCUGCAAGCCUUUCUAUCUCGCAAUUCGCCUUUUAUCGUACCUGAGCCCAAAGCCACUUCUUCUAAAUCUUCACCUGCAUUUCCCGGAAAGGACCUUGUGCGCACGAUGUAUCAUUCAGUUGCAGAGAGCAUCGAUGACAUGUUCUUCGGGCCGUCGAUGUUAGAUGUUAUGAUUCAGCGCUUGACGCGACAGGCUGCCGAGCUAGCAGGGAUUGUGGGAAGUGCCAUAACUGACGAAGACGCAGUUGCACAGGCUCUAAAGGCUUCCGGGAAAACGGCAUCCGAGGACACCCUCUUACAAAUCUCUGGUGAUCUCCGGCCUCUCGAUGGAGAGACGAGUUCCUCAACCUUUUCAGCCCCAAUAUGCGACCUUCUUCUUGCUAUCUUCGAGCUCAAAAAGAAGAACAAUUGGCUUCGCCGACAAGCCAUUGUGAUCAUCCUGCAGCAGGUUUUGGGGAGUACUGUGGAAAGGAAAUUUCGGGAAAUCGUCAGCACGUUUUUGGAUGAGCCACAUAUCAUGGGCUUCAUCAACAUGGUCCGUGAUUCAAUGUGGCCUGGCGGACGUCUAAGGCUGUCCUCAACGCCUCGUUCUUCGGAAGAGAAGCUUCGCACACGGGACGAAGCGAAUCGAAAGCUGUCGGCUCUGAUUCCUGACUUGGCUGCUAACAUGAUAGGGCGCUCAAACGCCCGUCGUGGAGCACGACGGAUAUUUGCCGUUCUUCAGAAUCGGCGAUUGAAUCAGCACAUUAUGUAUACAGUGCUCGAUGAGAUGUUUACAGCUUUGUUCCCGGAAGCAGCCACACAAAUUGCAUGACCACCUGGUGCUGUUUGUGGGUUGGGUUUACCCAUGAACAUAUGUUCCCUCUAGACAGGCUGCAAGCAGGACUGUAGAGUUUGUCUGAAAGAGUCACCACAAAUCCAGCACACUUUCGAUGGAUACGGAAGGGAAUUUCGAGUGUACCCUCUAAAGCAAUUGCACUCAUGUGGGGCACAGACCAGUACUUGUAACGCCGCCUGCGAUGACGUCUGUGCUUUUUGGCCAGACCAAACUGACCAACGUACCUGGUACAAUUGAACAUUUGAGUACCUACCAUGAUCAUACCUAUUACUCCUUAUGUGGUUCAUUGACUUCCCCGCUACUCGAUGGUCCUUCCCCCUCAAGAUCUGCUGACGUCGCAUUUGGCCCGACUUCGCCUUCAGACGCGGGUGAUGGGCCUGUUUUCCUCACUUUUGGACGACGAUGCAUCUCUACGGGCAUUGCAGCAGGAUCAUCGUAUACUUUUAUCGCAUGUAAAAGGUAUCCUCCUGACCCAGUUGUACUCAUUGUUGGGUGUGUUCGUCCUGGUAGCACCUGAUAGCGACGAAGCCAGCUUUCCGUUACGCUGGGUGCAAGGUACUGGGGAUUUUCUCGCAGUUUGUUCUGCAAAUCAGACAGUAUCUGAAGAUGUGGACUGUAUACUACCAAAGACGCAGAACCACCAAGAUACAGGACUAGCCUUUCAAUUAUAGAGAACGGAUCGUACUCGCUAGCAACGACAAGUCCUUCAAAUCCCCCAGAGAACAACUCUUCCCGAGUGCUCGAUAGCGUGUCCGAAAGAGCCUUCCGUUUGCUGAGGCGCGUUUUGUGCUUUUCUGACCUAUAUUGACUGUCCGUAGGCUCGACAGGAGCCAUGACUGUACAUAUUCUUUCUCUGCCGUCACCCAGUUUAGUGACGACAGAGU